AUGCCUUUCCCCACCGGGCUACCCCCGGGCGGCCCCGGAGGCCCCCCAGGCGGCCUCCACCCGCGGCACCCCACGGGGCCCCCACCCGGCGGACUCCCCCAGGAGGACCUCCCCCCUGGAGGCCCCCCCGGAGUGCCCUCCCUGGAGGGACACCCACCCGGGCGGACCCCGGGGAACCACCACAGGAGGCCCCCACGGGCCCCACCCCGGUGGGCCCACCACCCCCUGGCGCCCCCCCCCCCACUCGAGGCGUCCCGCCUGGAGAAGCACCACCCGGCGACCCCCCCACCUGGAGGCUCCCCCAGGCGGCACUACCCCGAGACCCCCGGUCGGACCUCCCCUGUAUACCUAUGUCCCCAUUGA